UAUACUUCUCUACAGAUAGUUAUUAUAUCUAGUCGUUGGAUACAGAAGGACGCGAAGGAGAAGGGAUAGCGACGACACUGCUAAACUUAACGGUGGUGGAUCGACGAAUUAAAAUUGUGUGCGAGCGAACACGUAUACAAGUGUGCGAGUUUCGUUCGUCCAAUCGAGAAUAGAAUUGUAUAUCUGUCUAUUAUUCGAAGCGUCGUAACAGAUUUAUAAUCUUUUUAUCACGAUGACUCUGCAAAGUUUCCCAAGAGGAGGUGAAAAACAUAAAAAUAUAACAACUUCCGCACAACUGUUUCAUAAGAAUACUGAACAUAAGAAAAAAGGAAAGAAAAAGGACAAAAAGAAACUUGCUAAAGAAUCUGAUCAGGAAUUUAACUUUGUUGCUCAUACGGCGGAACGUUUAUCUAAUGCUACGUUAUGCGAAGGUCUAACGAUCUUAGGAAGAAUUUGCCAAGUCAGAGAAUACGAAUUAAUCGUUUCAUUGCCAGGUGGAUUAAACGGUCAAUUGAAAGCACCUAAUAUUAGCAAAUCGUAUAAUGAUUUGUUAGUAAAUCUGGUCAGGGGAGAAUUAAAUCACUUAUCUCAAUAUGAACCUUUAACGGAAUUAUACAGUGUAGGAGAAUAUAUCGUAUGUUACGUUCAAAGUACUCAAGCGAACGGAAAAUGGAACAUACAAUUGUCUCUAGAAUCCCAUUUAAUAAAUCAAAAUGUUGAUAUUAAUUAUUUGGUUAUUGGCACAAGAUUAGUUUGUUCUGUAAGCAGCGUAGAGGACCAUGGUUAUAUCGUAGACACAGGCAUUCCAAAUGUAAGAGCAUUUAUUUCUAAUAAGGACGUAGACGCGGAUAAAAAAUAUUUUCUAGGUAAACAGGUCUUUUGUUAUAUCAAAGAAUUACGAACAACGAACAAUGUUACAACCAUCAACCUAUCGACCAAGCAGAAAUUAAUUUGGAAAGUUAUCGAUUACGAGAUAGAAUCGCUAGAUGUUCUUACACCUGGAACAAGAGUUCCGCUUCGUGUUAGAAACAUUUUAUCAAAUGGAUUACAAGUGUCGUAUGGCAAAGGACACGUAGGUUAUAUAAAUAGAAUUUAUAUGGAUAAAAGUGUGUCGUCUUAUACGGAAGAUAUGACGAUAAAUGGAACAUUGAUGUAUAUUAUGCCAACGGUAAAAUUUGGAUAUUUUAGUUUAAUUACAAACAAAAAGCCAGAAAUGGAAGCACAAAGUGACAAUAUGAAUAGGGGUGACAUCGUUGAAAAAGCCACUGUCCUGUUUCGUGAAUCAAACGGUAUCGUCUUAAGGUUAAACUCGCACUUACGCGGAUUCGUAUCCUUGCACAGAACAGGCAUCAGCUUCGACAAAGUAGCAACUAAAUUUAUUCCUGAUUCUGUACAUAAGUGCAGAGUAUUGUUCUAUAAUUGGAUGGAGAAAAUGUAUACGUGCACGAUGCAACACGAUGAAUUAUUGGAAAAACAUUUUACGGAAUCCGAUCUUUCUGUAGGCGAUAUACUACGUGUACAAAUCAGAAAUAUCAAUACUGAAAAUAAUUAUAUGACCGUGAACGUAGGAAAAAUGAUUGGAACUGUUAGUUCUGAUCACAUAUCUGAUUUUGGAUCAAAUAUCAUGGGAACAUUGAAGGUCGGUCAAUGGAUCGAAGCCAGAGUUUUAAAUAUAAACAAAGAAAAAAAUAAAAUACAGUUUACGCUGAAGGAAUCAUUGUUAAGGAGUAAUUUUCCCAUAUUGUCAGAUAUUCGUAAUGCUAAAUGCGGUUCAAGGCAUCAUGGCACUAUUGUUCAGAUUAAUAAGAAUGGUUUAUUAGUAAGAUUUUUCGGAGAAGUCAAGGGUUGGCUCCCGUGCGUAUAUUUGGAGAAAGGUACUGCUUCUGUAAACUGGAAUUACUCAGUAGGUCAAACAAUAGCGGUGUAUAUUGAAAGUGUGAAUGAAAAUGAGAAAAAAAUGAAAUUGAAUUUAAUUAGUAACAUUGCUAACAUCAGGAAAAACGAAUUAUUGAUUGGACAAGUGGUGGAAGGGAAUGUGAUAGAAGCUUCCACCGAAGGGAUUCGUUUGCAAAUUAAAGAUAAAGAGGAAUAUCCUCAAGAAGGAUUUUUACCAGCAGGUCAUAUGGCGCCGUGCAUCGAGAUUGGCAGACUUCUGGCAUCGAAGUGUAUACCUGGCGAUGUUAUUUCUGCUUUAGUAUUUGCUACCGAACCGUCUUUAUUACUAAGCAGAACGUUCUUAUCGGACGAAAAACAUCGAGAAUUAAAACAACUCAAAGUCGGAGAUUCCAUACCAAGCUCGGUUAAAGAUAUCGCACAAGAUGGUGUUAGAGUUGUACUACCUAUUAACAAUUAUAAAAAGUAUGGAUUUGUUCCAUAUAAUAAGAUUUCCAAUUUUGACAUGAUACAAGCAAAUCAAAUGUUAUUCGUGAAGAUUACUAACAUCGAUAAGAAGGAAGAACAAUUAAAUUUAACUAUGUCAUUGGAAAAACUGUGGAUGCAAGAAAGCGACGAAGGUCUGAAAAUAAUGGGAUCGGUGGAUCUCCUUAAUCUUUACUUCAAUAAGAUUAAAGAAUUGGUAAGUAAUAGUUACUAUAAAGGGAGACCUAUAUCAACUGCAAGUAUCGGACAAGUGGUUACUGGAAGAAUUGAUAAAAUUACAAAUCAUGGACUUACGUUAAAAUUACAAAACAAUUUGGAAGGUACAGUACGCGAAGAACAUUACAGUGGAAAUGUAAAAGUGGGGGAUGAGGUAUCGGGAAAAAUUUUAUGGAUCAAUUAUGUACAUGAAUUUGUCGAAGUAACAUUAUUACCCAGUAUCGUAUGUAAGAUUAAUUCUAAACAAAACAUUAACGUACCUACUAAAACUUUAUUGCGUGGAGAAAUCGUAAUGGUUUCACAAUGGUUCAUUUUAGUUCUAUUAAAAGGUAAAGGGAAAGGCACAUUGGCUGCUUUACCUGCUCGUCGUCAUGUGAAUGACUUACGACCAGACUUAAGACCAUAUAUAUUUUUAUCUCGCAUCAGAUGUUACGCCAUUUUAAAUAAACAGGAAUCUGAUAUUAUGCCCAUCUGCAUGUUAAAGUCGGCAUUUGAAAUAUCAAGAAAAGCUGCUUUAUCUAAGGUAAUGCAAAAACAACGAGCUACGUCGAAAAAAAGAUCAGAAAUCGUAAGUAUUAACGAAGGUGACAAAACUGAAGAACUGGUAAAAAUGCAAAAUUAUCCAAAGAAAAAUGCUUUCGAUACGAUGGUAUUGGACAAUGGUAUCGAACGAUCGAACGAAGAUCAAUCCCCACGAAAGAGAAAGCUCGAGGAAGAAUCUGUUAUGUGUAAAAAUAAAAAGUUAAAGAAGAAAAUUCAAAAUCUUAAUGCCAUAGGUAAAACUGAGGAUGAAUUCGAAAAUGCAAAAAACGCAAAAGAUCGUAAUAAAAGUGAUAGAAAUAAUCAAGAUAAGAGCGAUAAUGAAAAAAAUAUAAAAGUAAACGAUGGAAAUGUACUUGGUAUACCUCAAUGUGGUUUCUAUUGGGACACGAUGCCAGACUCAAGAUUAGCUAUUGAUAUUCGAACGUCUAGCGACAGCGAAGACGAUGCCGAGGAACAAAAGAAAUCGAAGGUGAAAAAAUUAAGCGCGGCCCAACGUAGGGAACGAGAACGACAAAAGGAACGUGAAAUUAGAGAACGCGAAGAAGCUUUAGCAAGCAAUCAAAUGCCAAACUCGGUAGAUCAGUUUGAUAGAUUGGUGUUAGCGAGUCCAGAUAGCUCGUUAGUUUGGUUGCAAUAUAUGGCCUAUCAUUUACAAGCAACGGAAGUAGAAAAGGCAAGAGCAAUUGCUAGAAGAGCUAUUAAAACGAUAAAUUUUAGGGAAGAAAAUGAAAAAUUAAAUGUAUGGAACGCGUGGUUAAAUUUAGAAUCCAAGUUUGGUACGCCUGAAGCUCUCAAUGACGUCUUUCAAGAAGCUGUAAGAACUAACGACGCUUUAAAAGUCUAUACGCAUAUGUUAACGGUGCACGUUGAAGCAGGACGACAAUUUGAACUAGAGAAAUUAGUUAAUACCUUUAUCGGAAAAUUUAAACAAAAUCCACAAGUAUGGGUGGAAUGCGGCAGUGCGUUGUUAAAACUUGGCUUGAAAGAUAAAUCUAGACAAGUAAUGCAACGUGCUCUACAAUCUUUGCCAUUGUCAGAACAUGUGAGCAUAAUGUUACGUUUUGCAAAUCUUGAAAAUCAAUUUGGAGAAAAGGAAAGAUCGCAAACGUUGUUUGAACAAAUUCUAAGUUCGUAUCCCAAACGUGUUGACAUAUGGUCAUCUUAUGUAGAUUCUUUGGUAAAGUCGGAAGAAAUUUUUAUUGCAAGAAAAGUGUUAGAGAGAGCAAUUGUUCAAAAUUUACCACCAAAGAAGAUGAAAGUACUUUUUAAGAAGUUCAUUUCCUUUGAGGAGAAACAUGGUACACCAGAAGAUGUAGAGCAUGUACAACGCGUCGCCACCGAUUAUAUAGAGAAUCAAUGUGGCGAACGCGUAAAUUGAUUGUUAUAAUAUAUUUAUAGCAUCGUUCUAUUGUAUUGGAAAAAAAAAAGAACACCAUUAAUAGUGAUA